AGGGGACCAGCGUCUUUAGGUCCAGAGUGGCGAGUAGGACACUGGGAAAGUAGGUGAUGGGACACAGCCAGUCCGGUGCCCCCACUCCCUCCUCUGUACGAGCAAGGUCACUCCUCCUAGCACCCCCCAGGCUGCUGGGUACUUCGGAGGGUCUUCCUGUCUACCCCCCGCCUCAGAUUGGGUCAGUUCUCAGCCGGCACUGACGAUGGUGGGCCAACACCCAGGCACUUGUGUGUGUGACCCCGUGAUCCUCUGAGUCUUCUGGGAGGUAGGUGCUGUCACCAUCCGUAUUUACAGGUGAGCAGAAAUAUAAAAGAAGCUAACACACACAGAGUCACCCAACUAGUAAGUAGAGAAGCUGGGGCUUGAGUGGGGGGACAGCCCAGCUGCCUGCAGGCGGAGAAAGAAGGUCCUGUUUAAAGAGACCUCUCCCCUCCGCCCCCAGACCUGUGCCCUCAGAGUCGAAAAUUUGCCCGAAAUAGAUCAAGUUAAGCCCAAGUCUCUGCCAUUGCUGGCCGUGAUGGGGGACUGGAGGACAGUCGGCACCUCACUUCUGGGUUGAUAGAGCACCCCAUGUGUGGAGACACAAGCCGUGGCCACUCAGUUCUUGCCCUGCUCCUGGACACCCCCAGCUUCUUCCAGGCUUUUGGGGCAGGAUGCGACAUGGGAACCGGCAUCACUUAGCACCUUUGGGUCUCUAGCAAGCUAAGCCCAGGGCCCCGGGCCAGCUCCCAGCUGGGAGUGCUCCCUCCCACUUGGCAUUGGGUGAAGCUCAGUGCUGAGUUGAGUCAGUGCCCCAAGCACAGCAGGUGUCCACGGAGCCGCCACCCCCGCUCCUGCAGCCACCUGUGGCCCACUUCUGCCUGCCCAUCCUUCCCACGCCCCGUCCUCCCCACUCUCUCGGCCCCUCUUAUAGGCACCCACAAAUAUUUAUUGAGCACCCUCUAUGUGCCUAAGGGCUGUGGGCACCCGGGAGACAAAAGCAGCCGACUCCCCUCCCGUCAGCGGGGUGAGGGCGCAGCUAGAUAAUAAGCAAGUGUGUGCAGAACACACAUGGCGUCAGAGGGGAACGGGGCUUCGGAAAACUAGUGUGCAGGGAAGGCAGCCAGGGUGAGCGCUCCGGGGACACGCCAUUUUGGAGAUGAAGAGGCAAAAAAGGCCUCUCCAUGAAGGUUGGUGGUGAGCGUGUUCCUACUGCUGCAGGCUCCUUGUCACGCCCUCCCAGGCCACGUCUGCCAGUGGCCAGUCGAGCUCUGCCAGGUGGGCAUCUCCACUCGGUGGGCAUCUCUGUCGGGUGGGCAUCUCUCCAAGGGGCAUCUCCAGCACAGGGAUGAGCCCAGCAUGUCAGCUCUGUGCUGCCUGCACAAGGGUGUGUGGGCCCCAGAUGACCCUGGGGCAUAUGUCAGGAAAGUCUUCUCCCUGGAAAAGGCACGGCACUUGCUCCUUGUUUCGGGGAGUGUGGGGUGCUGUCUGAAAGUUGCUGGCAACACAAAAGGGACAGACAGUGGCACGCUUUGUGUGCCUAGAGUUCGCUGUGCUUGGAGUGAGUUCUGAGGGGCCCUCUGUGAACGGGUGUGGUCAAGCCUUGAUGACUUGGGGCUUCCCCCUCUUCCACAGGGGUACCUGGUGAGUCUGCAAACCGUUAGUAUGGAGGUUCCAGGUUCCGAGCUUGCUGGGUGUGCCUGUCCAGGUCUGCCCCACUAACCCCCCCCCACCCCAGUCUGUGUUAGCAGUUUCCUGGCCACCGCGUCCCUCUGGCAGGCACAGGCCUCUCCAUGGCGUGCCCACUUCCAUCCACUUGUGUCCACUCAUGUCCACUCAGCUGCUCUGUCCUCCUGCCUGGGCAGCAUCCUGGUGCCCAAUCUCCUCAAGACAGGUCACCUGGCUUAAAUCCCUCUUCUUGUGUAUUGCCGAGGACCCCGCGAAAGAUGGGUCCUCCUGGAACCUUCAGUGCGACCUUACUUGGGAAAAGGGUCUUUGCAGAGGUGGCUGUGGUCUGGUAAGGGUCUCAAGGGAGGUCAUCCUGGAAGCGCCCUUGGAAGAGAAGGGAAGAACAUGGAGAGGACAGGAGUGGGCAGAGGCGGAGAUUGAAGCAGGGCAUCUUUUUCUGGCAACGCCCAAGCUGGAAGGGUUCUUUCCUAGAGCCUCCAGAAGGAGGUAGCACUGGCACACCCACAUUUCCAGUUUCUGGCCUCCAGAAUGGCAAGAGAACACUUUUCUGUUUUUUCCGGGCCCCUGGGUUGUGGUCAUUGGUCAGGGCAGCCCCGGGAGACAAAGACAAGUGUCUUCUCGCUGCCGGUUAGAGAAAGCUGACUCCACUGCACAGAACCUGGCCUGCCCCCGAGCUGGCUUCCACUCCUGGGAAGUCAGGGCUGUUUGCUGCCUCAAGCCCUUUGCAUUGGCUACUAUCCCUUCCAGAACAUUCUUCCUCUCUCAGCACGUUCAGCUUCUUCUCCGUCAAUGAUGUCUUGAAGAGACCUUUCCAGACCCCUCCCCCCAAAACACCACUCCCCAGGGAUUCCCUCCUGUUCCUGUCCUGCACAAGCUGACUUUCCUGCAUGUUUAGGUCAUCGGUUUGUCCUGUGUCACCCUGCUCUGCAGUGUCCCCUAAAAACCCAAUCAGUCUCGACAACACCAGCUCCCAGCAGCUGGUGCAGUGCCCAGCGCACAGUCAGCCCACAGUGUGCUUAUGCUGCAUUAGUAAAUAUAAGACUCUUUGUCAAUAAGGGCACGGCCAAGUCCUGCUCACUUUGUUCUUGACCCUCAGGAUGAUUUCUUGCUUUAAAGCAAUUUUUGCAGCUACCAUGACCUCAUUUAUUUUAUACAAUUGAGUUCAACUCUUGAUGUGCUGGGGGAUACCCGAUAGUCCCCAUAAACCAUUCAUGUAAACCUUCCUCUGGGUGUGAUCAUUAGAACCAAAACUGGCUUCUCUUAGGAGCAGUGAGCUCUCUGUCCAUGGGGGCAUGCAAGUUUUUGCAUAUGCUGACUUGUUUGGUCAUCAUGAUUUCCACGGACCUAGUGCAGUUUCUUCCCUCUGCUGCGCACCUCUAUCCCCUCACCUGCAAAUUCCCCGCCCCUCUCCCUUUUCCGGGCAUCCCUCUGAGCCUUUCAGCGAGACAAAUCAAAGUCCAUCUGAGAAAUCUGUGUGCUUCCACUGACACGUAUAAUUUUACAGGAUGAGAGUUUAUCAGACCUGAAUGUAUAUUUAGUGACAGGCUUGGCUAAUCUUUAAUCUAAUUACACUUAUUAACAUUUAAAUGUAUAAUCAUUAAUAUAUCUGGGCAUGGCGGUCUAAAUAUUUUAUAGAGAUCUUAAUUACAGGAGACGUCCAGUCUUGCCAUAAAAUUCGUGUGCCCCGACAAUUAAGGGGGUGGUGUCAGGUAGCUCGGGGCCCCGUCCAGAGUGGCAGCGAGAACCUGCUAUUUGCAGGGGGGCGGCAGUGGCGGGGCCUCCAGUUUUCUGGCGACACCCCAGACACAGCAGCUGACCAUUAGGGAACAUGAAGAAAUUGGACCACACCUAUUUCUUCUGGAAAGGGGAAGGGAAUGAAAGAUACCAUCACAAAACUCAAAAAUCAUUUUUGCUGCCAAGAGUUCAUCUGAGAAUGUGGCCCAGGUCUGUAGCCUCAGCAGCUGGUUAACAUUUGAUGCCAGGAAUAGGCCUGUCCCCCCAGACUGCACAGCUGGGUACCCACAGCCCCCAGCAGCUGUCCCCUCAUAGUGGCAGCUGUUCUCACACCUUGAAGCCUUCCAAAAUUAAGGCUCAUCUUAGCACUUCUCAGCCCUGAUUGUACCCUCGCCGCAGGGGAGGCAGAUCAAGACUCCUGCUGAGUCCCACGGUCCAUGAUCCACGUAAACUCAGCAUCCUGAGUCCGCGAGGUGGCCCAGCAGGUCCCCAAGGAGGACAGAGGCCACUGGGCUCCUCACCAAUCACGCCAAGGCCAGCGUCCACCUGGCCGUGCUGCACCGGCCACCUGCUCCUGCCACUUAGCAUCUGGGUCAGCCUCACUCAUCUUUGCCUCAGUUUCCUCAUUUGUAAACUGGGGGCAUGAAGAAAACAUUUGGUGAAAACGUAGAAAGCAUGGAACAGUCCCUGACUCCUGGUAAACGCUAUGUAAAUAACACUCAGUUGCUGCUGCUGCUGUUGUCACUGUCAUAUCACCACUGCCAUUGUCACUGUCAUCACCACCAUUGUCACCACCACCACCAUUUCCACAUUGUCAUGUCAUCACCACCAGCAUCACCAUCACCGUCACCACCACCAGCAUCACCAUCACUGUCAUCACCACCACCAGCAUCACCACCAUCAUUGUCAACUGUUAUCACUACCAUCAUCCCCAUCAUCAGGGCUGGGAAGGCCCAGCUGCCACCAUGUGACACCAUCUGGGCACCUUCAUGGAAGCCUCUCCUUAACCCUCACUAUAGUCGCAUGUGGAAGAUGCCUCUUUCUUUGUGCAGGAAGGAGUUGAACUUUGAACCCAGGACCAACCUCAAGGUCAUGUUCCGCCCCAGGAGUCAUGCAGAAUUCACAGCGAGGGCAGCUGCUCCCCUGGUCUAUACCUAGUGCUGGGCAUCCCCUGGUGAGGGCCACUUGCCCCCAGCUGACAAAAGCUGGUACGUACUGAGUAUGCCCCGUGCCAGACGCCAGCUGAGGGGGAUGUGUGUAUAAAGCCAGUCCUAGGAGGCAGGCGUUAUUUUUACAGCUUUUUAUUGAACUACAACAUACAUACCGGAAAGGCCCAGGCUACGGCUUGGUGAAUGGUCACAAAAUGAACACACCUGUGUGGCACCAGCACCCAGAUAACCUCCCUCCCGCUCCCCCUUCACGGGGCCAAGCAAGCUCCAUCCUCUUGUCUGAGAAUGACCUCAUUUGGCAACAUGAACCUUUAAAAAUAGUCCUCAUUGUGUGGGGGCGGGGGGAGUGACUGAUACUGUGUUUCCAGAAAUCUCCACCCCCACCCCACCCCCAAAUCUAGGGAAUGUCAGUAUUCAAGGCCCAUCCCCUGCCACUAUUUUUAGUGGUGAUUCGGAGGAAGGAAGACUUUUCCUGGACUCGCCUUCAAUGGCUGGAAAACAAACACCAGCCCCUUCCCACCUCCACCCUCCCACUUCCCUCGACAGGAAGUGGCGCCAGACUCCACACCCCAGGGCUUCCAGCCAUGAAAGCCGACCGGAAGCGCCUGAAGGGAGAGAAGACCGACCUGGUGAGCCAGAUGCAGCAGCUGUAUGCCACGCUGGAGAGCCGCGAGGAGCAGCUCCGGGACUUCAUUCGCAACUACGAGCAGCACCGCAAGGAGAGCGAGGACGCAGUCAAAGCCCUGGCGAAGGAGAAGGACCUGCUGGAGCGUGAGAAGUGGGAGCUGCGCCGCCAGGCCAAGGAGGCCACGGACCACGCGGCGGCCCUGCGCUCCCAGCUGGACCUCAAGGACAACCGGAUGAAGGAGCUGGAGGCCGAGCUGGCCAUGGCCAAGCAGUCCUUAGCGACGCUGACCAAGGACGUGCCCAAGCGGCACUCACUCGCCAUGCCGGGCGAGACGGUGCUCAACGGCAACCAGGAGUGGGUGGUGCAGGCAGACCUCCCGCUGACCGCAGCCAUCCGGCAGAGCCAACAGACCCUCUACCACUCGCACCCCCCCCACCCUGCAGACCGGCAAGCGGUCAGGGUGAGCCCCUGCCACUCGCGGCAGCCCUCCGUUAUCUCCGACGCGUCCGCCGCGGAAGGCGACCGGUCGUCCACGCCCAGCGACAUCAACUCCCCGCGACACCGGACGCACUCCCUCUGCAACGGCGACAGUCCCGGCCCAGUUCAGAAGAACCUGCACAAUCCCAUUGUACAGUCACUAGAGGAUCUUGAAGACCAAAAACGGAAAAAGAAGAAAGAGAAGAUGGGAUUUGGCUCCAUCUCCCGAGUCUUCGCCAGAGGGAAGCAGCGGAAGUCCCUCGACCCCGGCCUCUUUGAUGACUCCGAUAGCCAGUGCAGCCCCACGCGGCAGAGCCUCAGCCUGUCCGAGGGCGAGGAGCAGAUGGAUCGGCUGCAGCAGGUGGAGCUGGUCAGGACCACCCCCAUGUCCCACUGGAAGGCCGGCACCGUCCAAGCCUGGCUAGAGGUGGUCAUGGCCAUGCCCAUGUACGUGAAGGCCUGCGCGGAGAACGUGAAGAGUGGCAAGGUGCUGCUGAGUCUGAGCGACGAGGACCUGGAGCUGGGCCUGGGCGUGUGCAGCUCUCUGCACCGGCGCAAGCUGCGGCUGGCCAUCGAGGACUACCGCGACGCAGAGGCGGGCCGGAGCCUGUCCAGAGCCGCCGACCUGGACCAUCACUGGGUGGCCAAGGCCUGGCUGAACGACAUCGGCCUGUCCCAGUACUCCCAGGCCUUUCAGAACCACCUGGUGGACGGGCGGAUGCUGAACUCCCUGAUGAAGCGGGACCUGGAGAAGCACCUGAAUGUGUCCAAGAAGUUCCACCAGGUCAGCAUCCUGCUGGGGAUCGAGCUGCUGUACCAAGUGAACUUCAGCAGGGAGGCCCUUCAGGAGCGCCGGGCCCGUUGCGAGACACAGAACAUAGACCCGGUGGUCUGGACCAAUCAGCGGGUGCUCAAGUGGGUGCGGGAUAUUGACCUGAAGGAGUAUGCGGACAACCUCACCAAUAGCGGGGUCCAUGGUGCGGUGCUCGUGCUGGAGCCCACAUUCAAUGCCGAGGCCAUGGCCACCGCCCUGGGCAUCCCCAGCGGGAAGCACAUCCUCCGGAGACACCUGGCAGAGGAGAUGAGCGCCAUCUUCCAUCCAGCCAACUCCGCUGGCAUCCGAGAGGCUGAGCGUUUCGGGACGCCCCCAGGAAGGGCCUCCAGCAUCACCCGGGCGGGGAAAGAGGAGAACAGCAGCAGCAUCAAGUACAAGGCUGGCCGGCUGCCCCUGGGGAAGAUAGGCAGGGGCUUCAGCAGCAAAGACCCCGACUUCCACGACGACUACGGCUCUCUUCAAAACGAAGACUGCGGCGACGACGACCUCCAGGGCAGGCCGGAGCGGUGCCGGCUGGACGGCUACAACGGCCUGGAGGUCACCAACGUGUGAGGAGCCCUCGCCCCGCCGGACCCGCUCAGAGAGACCCAGGGAGGGGGGCAGGCGAUCGCCCCACUGUACAUAGUGACCUGAGGCGGGGCGCCUCUGCUUCCCGGCAGGCCCCUCAGACCGCGGCCGGCCAGACGGGAGCGCCAGGUCUGCCUGCGCUGGCAAGGGUCCGUCGCAGCGGCCACCCCUCCAGAGCCCAGGCCCCACCUCAGUGACUGUCAGCGUCGAGGAUCCCAGGUGGUCCCCGAAGCCUUGAACUGAGCAGCCAAGGGGAAAGAGGCCCCGAGUGCCCCUAAACACCCUCCCGGUCAGAGCAGGGGGGUCUCCAAUCAGACGAGCCGGGGCUGGGGAGGGACCGUGCAGAGCGAGCAAAGCCUGGGCCGCCCGUCGACGCGUGGCUCCUCCCGGCAGCCGGCUGGGGUCUGGGUCCCGCGCCCACGCCCCCCACCCCGUGACGGGGAACUUGGGUUCUGACGAGGGUCAUUGAGUCUCUCUUGAGAGAAUGCAAAAUGGGGAGGUCAUUUCCUUCCCCCCAAUAGCGUGGGCCCCAAGAGAGUGCACAUGUUGAGGAGCUGUUUGACCCUCCUCCUGGGAGCUGCUGCCCUGGGUAGGGGGCGGUGGGUGGUUCCUGCCGGGGUGAGGCGCCACUUCCCAGGAAAUGCAGGAAGCAGGAUGUUGUGACGAGCAUGUCAGGGGGGGACUGAGCUGGGGCCAGGACAGCCCUACCAGGUGUGGCAGUCGGUCUGGGAUGGGGUGAUGGAGACACUUCGCUGUGAUGUCUCAGCACACCGAAACCUAGGUGUGCUCCUCACGGCCUGGUCAAGAUCGAUGGCCCAGAUCAGUCUCUGAGGUGGCAGAGGGACCUUCCAGCCCUUUUCUUGACUCUGCGCUGUUUUGCUGUGUGACCUUUUCCCAGUGGCCUCACCUUUCUGUGCCUCAACAUCUUCCUCUGUAAUACUUGUGGUUCCCCCCCUCCCAGGACCUUGUGAGGAUUAACACUUGCUAAUGUCUGUAACACUUUGUAACCUCUCAGGAGACAGGUGGGAAGUUAGGGAUGGGAAGGGGGCAUCUAAUUUCCCUCUCACCACACAGAAAUGACAUUGCCCUGGUUUUCCAGCUUGGUUUUGGUCGGAGCAGUGUGCAAAAGGAGAACAAGAAAGGUUUACUAUUCCAACUCUCGAGAGCCCCCAAGGGUUUGACCAAGAGGAGAGAGAAAUCCCACAUGCACACCUUGAGGACCAGCUUUGACUUGGGUGUUCAGACUCAAGUUAACUGACCUGGAGGGAUGAUUGGGGCAGGACACAGUAGUCCUGCAUGCUCCUUACACCUCAGGCCUCGAAGCACAUCAGGUGUUGGGGUCACAAUGCUUAUUUCCAUUGAAGCCACUUGCAUGAAAGGUUUGACGGCAUGUGUCCGCCUCCGAGAACUGUCCAAGCCCAUGUUCUUCAUCCGACACACUGUCUCGCCUCCUGGGAAAAGCUUCAAUCCAGCACCAUGCACUUGAGGAUCUCUGCUCCCUGUGCAGGAGACCGUGAGCUGCUCUCGACCGUAGGGGCACAGCCUUCCUUGCCAUCGGAAGCCAUGUGUUCACACGUGGACACUGAAUGCCUGGCCGCCUGGAGACACAGUCCUGAGGUGCUGAGGGAGGAAGUCCGGUGCCGGAUUUGGCUUUGCAGGAGGCUCUGAGCCCGCCUCUGUGAUUGAGUCAGCCCCACACAGGGCCUGACACUACAGAACCCACAGCCCAAGGGGAGAGUAACCCCCUGCAAUUGGCUGCUGCUGGGCCUGCUCUCAGGCUGGGUGACCGGGACCCCAGGACCUGCCUCUUGGGAGGUGGUGCCCACGGGUGAGGAAGAUGGCAGGAGGGUGCCUGGAAGCGGGUCUGUUAUUUGAACCAACGGCCACCUGAGUUGUCAGUCAUGAAGCUCACGUCUCCUGGCCCCGUCCCACUGGGGACAAGCUGGGCGAGUGGACAGUGGGGAGAGGGCACUGGCAGUGACGGCAUGGCCCGAAACAUUGGCAGCAUUUGGUUGGCAGGUCUGGGACAGCCUGGAAUGUUCCUUCUGGUGCUCCCUCUGCUGGCAGUUUGGCCAACUUUGACGCUGGCUUUUCAACACGAGGACUAGUGGCUAAUAAGAGAACAUCCUUCACGCCCAGUCACAUGAGGUGAGCUUUGUCUGCUUCCAGGGGGGCAAAGCAGGGGUGGGGUGCAGAGAGACUUGGCAGAGAUCGGCAGAGGCUGGCAGAGCAGGAACCAUCUGGGUCGUGUCUUGUCCUGGUCCCGCGGGUGACACACAUCUGGCUGUGGGACACCCCGAUGUGCUUCUCUGGAUGGUGGUAUCGCCUGUGUCUACAAGGCCUUGGGAAGGGGUGGAAAGGUAGGGACAGGACAGGUAUAGAAGCUGGGGAGCAUCAGUGGGGACCUGCCCAGCGGACCCUCAGCUUUCUGGGCCCAGAGCUGCUGAAAGGCCCCUUUGUCCCUGGCUGAGCAGAGUCUUUCCCCCAGAUCUGUGCUGUUAGCAUCGCAGUUAGCGCCCCGGCCUGCAGGAGGCAGGAGACACCACAUGAGAACCUGGGCUGGAGAGAGGGUGGAGAGGAGCAGGGGAUCUGCACCACCCAGCCGGCAGUGGAAGACCCCAAAUGUUGAGGUCACCCAACAGGGCUGGGUCCAGCAGAGGGGGAUGGUAUGACCAGAUGUGGCUGCAGGGCCCACAUAACCCUAUUUCUCCAAGCCCAGGGCUCCCACCCAAACCCCAUGUUCUGGCCACCAUCACAUCCACUCCGCUCUUUGAGGCCCCGGCAGGCUCCUGGCAGGUGAGUGGCGGGAGCAAGGAUCUGACUGGAAGAGCGCCUUUGAUGUGAUCUUCUAGAAUUUCCUGAGCCCAAACACAAAGGCAGUUGGCUGCACAGGAAACCAGUUGGGCAGGAGCAAAGAUGGUGUCCCUGGCCUUUAGUAGCUGGUCGAGUCUGGAAUGUCUCCCCCAACGUGAUUUUAACACUGUAACACAAAUAAUAAACACUACUGCAC